AUAACAUCAAAGGUUGCUGCAUUCUUUUAUUAUGAAAGCUUAAAAGCAGGUCUGCUGCUAUUCCAGGGGUCAGUACAGGACCCACACGGAUAGGUGUCUUCUGCCAGGCGAGACGCAGGUCCUACAUCAGCAUGACAACCAACAUAGUAAUACAGCAGCCCGGCCCCACGAUGAUCAUGGCACAAUCGAGCCAGUGGAGCACAGGCAUCUGCGAUUGCUUUGAUGACAUGGCAGACUGCUGCUGUGGUUUCUGGUUUCUGCCAUGCUAUGCCUGUAAGGUAUCUAAGGAUCACGGCGAGUGUACCUGUCUCCCCCUUCUGGAAUUUGCUGCUUUUGGUUAUGGUGCAUGUAUUCCAGCCAUCUCCCUUGCUGUCAGGGUCUCUGUACGUCGGACCUAUGGCAUCCAGGGCACCAUCUGCAAUGACUGUCUGCAUGCCUCAUUCUGCUACCCCUGCUCCUGGUGCCAGGUAUCUCGAGAGAUAAAGGCCCGACAAUCUGCAAUCGUCUACAACAGAACUAUUACAUAAGUCAUCUCUUCAUUGUCUCGUGACCAUGACUCUCCUAACCAAUCAUUAAUAACCUUAUUUGUAUAUUGCAAAAUGUGGAUCUAGAAUGGGAAGGAGAACAUGUUAGGUGUUCUGAGCCAAGUCUCGAUAAACCAUACUGUUUAUGUUUAACUCAGUCCUCCAAGUGCUAAUAAAUGUAUUAAAGCGGCGUGGUUUCCAUUCUGUAAAAUUGGGCUAAGGAGUAGUUUUCAGUUGGUUUUAAAAAUACAGUUGUCACUAUAAGAAACCCUACAUUAAAUUACAAAGAAUCAAACCGUAAAACAUUUCUUUGUGUACCUAUUACAACAACUGUCAUUAUAUGGUAUUGCCUGGAUUAGGUUAAUUUAAUGAACAUUUCAAUGCCUUAGACUUAGUUAUGUUUUAAACCAUGUGAGUGGAACUCAAGAGCAAUAAUAAUGGCUAAGUAAUAGGAGUAAGUAACUCAAACUGGUUUCUAACAAGUUCCGUCACCUCUGCAUAGUCUCCCUUAGAUUUUGUAAUGGAGAUAAUAAGUGCAAAGCGGUGAAGUGACUGAGACCGAGACAGACAAAGCUACAAAGUGCAUCGUUAUCAUGACGUUCAUCUUGGAGGCGUGAAUGACUCUCUCUGUAGGGCAUAGUUUAGGUGGCAGCAGAAUACAGUGCAUUAAAAAGAGUAUGUGUGACAACAUUAGUGACAUUUAAUGUGCUUGAUAAUUCACUCUGCACUCUUCUUCUUUGAAAGCAGAUGUAAAUUUUUGACCAAGUAAAACAUAUAAAAGGGUGAUUGCUCAGAUUUCUCUAUUUGUGAUGGCAAACAGAAUCAUGUGACCCGGAUCGGGCUUUGAGUUUAACAAAUAUGUGGAAAGGAAAGAAAACACAACAAACUGAAGGUCAAUGAGUACUUUGCGUUCCAAUCUGGAACAGAGAGACAAAAUAGAAGUCCAUUUUACAUUAUGGAAUAUUGUAUUUUAUAAUAUUCAUUUAUCAGACUUUGCGAUUAACUAUAAUUCACUUUAAUUGGGACUUAAGCUGGAUUUUCUUGGGCUCCGAUUACAGAUGCAUGUGAAGGAUCCGUGUUAACAUCUUAGCAACAUUUUCUAAAAUUAUCCUUAUCUUUUCUAAAAAGAUCCUUAUCCUAUUUUUAUUCUACAACAAUUGUUAUGUCUUGAUUUUGACUAAAUGGGGGCUGUUAGUCUGAGAAAGACAAUGGAGAAUUGUAUUUGAAUAAGAAGGUGACUGUAAGCAUGCACUUUGUACAUGUAAAAUCUCUCCAGGUGGACAUUUUGUGUUGACAGGUUUUGUCAUUUCUGCGUGCUUAAAGCAUUGUACAAGUUAAUGUAACCAAAUGAGAGUUUGGUAUCAUACAAUGGACAUGAUCUGUCAAGUAGAAGGGUAGACUGGAGUUGAUUUGUUAGGACUGUGUCUCCCCCUAUCAGAAUUUCUCAAUUCCUUUCUAACUUUGUCUUUUCAUUCCUUUAAUAAACAAUCCUUAUAAUAUUA